GGUGUAUCGAGUGUUUUUUCUUAUAUUAAAAUAUAUAUAAAUAUAUACUAUUAGAAAUGUUUAUAAAUAUCCGUCAAACCGUUGUAAUUGUCACCGAGGUUUACGCUGUUUGAUUUAAAAGGGAUAUAGUCAAACGUGAUUUUAAAGACCCAGUUUGGAGAAAACAAUGAAGUGGAUAAAGGAGGAGAUUAUUGUCCACAGUCUUCAUACAGAAUUCGGUACCAGCUGUAGUCCUAAAUCAGUACAUAAUCAUGAAUGAGUCUUGUGUUUUAAAAACAACCUAUCGUUCAGUAUCAGAAAACAGCAGUUAAUGAUUUGACAGAAUGGCAGAAAAAAGAAAAUCUCCGGAUGAGAAACAUAAGGAAUAUUUUUCCAGAGUAAAUUUUGCACUUACUGAUUGUGGGAGGAUAGUAUUAUUGCACCUUUUAGAACAAAGAGUUGUGGAUCUCACACCAAAAGCGCAUCCGACACAACCCUGGUCACUAGAUGAGUUUUUAUACGAAAAUAGGAAUAAUAACUUGUUAUCUACUUGCCGAGACAAACAAAAGAGCAAUAUACUUUAUCCAGGUUUUAGUAAGAAAACGGAUUUGGACAAGUGGGAUAUUCCCCUUCUGGUUUCCGUACUUCUAAAUGCAUGCAAACUAGACGAUGGUAACAAUCUACACAGCCAACUGAGGCAUGACAUCAUUAACCUUAAGAACUUAAGAAAUAAAAUGGACCACAAGGGUACUUCAACAUUGAGCAAGGAAUUAUACAAAUGGUACUUUGGUCGCAUUCUCGGUGCUGUGACACGAAUAUGCGAUUACAUGCAAGAACAAGAUUUCAAAGAAUCUCUUCUUACAGAACUUGCGAAGUACGGAAGUCUAAGGCAUACAUAUAAAAACGGUCUUAUUUCAGAGUUUGAUUGCAAACCCGUUGACAUAGUCAAUGACGCUGACGCAGCGGUUGUGAGCGGGUUGCAGCAAUUGGAAAAGAUCAUUAAGAAACAGGGGUUGUCAGUGAAAAUACCAGUCCUUCAAGUAUUCAUAUUUUUUCGGAACUACAAUAAAGAGGACGAACAAUCAAUUACGGAACAUUUGCAUAGAAUAUUUUCAGAGGCAUUAGAGAAUGACACAGAAUUACCAGAUGAUAGGACUUUAAACCAGCUGGAGGUUGCAGUUAAGUCCCUUCUUGCUAAAUUAUUUGACGAGAAAAAAAUAUUAACGAAAGUUAACAAAGGUUGUCUCAUUCUAUCAAUCCAGUGUAAUGAUUUGGACGCAGUUAUUUCUCUGAUAGAAGACAGUCUUUCGGGAAAGCUGGGGAGGUUUUUUGAACCUCUUGAAGAACUUAUGCGGACUGAUGCAGGCUAUAAACUCUUUGAAGUAGAUGUUGGAAUUACAAGUCAAAGUUGCUGGGCUCUCCUUACUGAAAUGUUCUAUGAAGUGUCAGACAAAUGUGAUCAGCGUUGUUUCACUGUGGAAAGUAUAGUACAAGAUGAUGGCAUUGCUGUAAGAAUUCAAGUCUUUCUACAAAGUAUCAAAGAAAAAGAAAACUUACAGCAAUCAUUUUCGUCGGUCGAAAAGCAAGAAAUUUGCAAGAAAAUAGAGGAAUUAUUGGCGUUUGAUCUUGACCAACCUGGCAUGGAUAUGGUUUUAUUGCCAUCGAUUAUCAAUGAAGGUACAAGUCGUACACCGCCGAAAAAUCUCUUGGAAAAGAAGAAGACGAUGAUGCACGAGCCUUUGAAACAUCGGGUGGAAGCAAGAGAGAAAAUACGCCACUCCCAGGUUAAGAACAGUAGCGAGGACAAAAAAACACACCGUAUAGACAUUUCCGGUGAAUUCAGCCGUCCUGGAAAACUCAAUCUGGUAUCUUUAGUACAAGAUGCAAGCCAUAUUUCGAAAAAGCCGAAAAAGACUGUUCGUUUCGGGGGCGCAAAGAAAAAGAAGCCGAUGAAACAGGAGCUUUUGCGAGAUGGGAUUGAACCAAAGGGAACGAGAAACCACUCACUGAUUAAGAACAAGGACAAUGACAAGGAAAAUGGAGAUCAUAUUCCGUUUAACACAAAUCCGAAACACCCUGCUCGUUUCUUGCCCUUGAAGCAGGAAAAGACACCAACGCCGGGCCUUUUGCAAAAUCGAAUGCCAUCAACGAAGAAGAAACGCUACUCACUUAAAACAACAAUGAUGAGAACCUUAAACGCGUUGUGGUCAGAUCAGAAUAUGAACUCGACAGCAAAAAGUUGAAAGAAGGCAAAACGGCAAUUGGCAGUAGGCAACUGAUGAAAAAUGAAAGGCGACACUGGAAAACAGGAUAUAGCAAAAGUUCUAAGUAUAAGGACAUCGGCAGUAGAAAACAACAAAAACACACCGGUGUCCCAAUUCUGUUCAUGAACCACACACAGAUGAAACAUGAAUACAUGAACACCGACGAUGACCAAACGGUGCACUCAAACUCAAGCAAGCUCGAUUAUACACCGACUCUACCGAGCAAGGGUAACAUGCAAUUAGUGAACAGAAACGGAUACGAGGAGUAUGGUAGCAUUGACGGGAUGACUGUCGUUAACGACAUGUACCUGGUUGCUGCGGACAACGAGAACAUGUGUUUGCGAUGUUUUCAUAUCGAUACUUGGAAACAAAAAUAUUGGUAUGAUUGUAAAUUGAAACUUUGGGAUAUAACGACAGUACCCAGUAAUAUUGUGGCAGUGACAACAUCAAGUAAUGAAAUAUGGUUUCUACAUGUUUCUGGAAUGGGAGCCUUGGAUCUAAAAAAUGAAAUAAGUGUUAAGCAAGGAUGCUAUGGAAUUGCUUCCUGUGGUGACAACUUAAUUGUUUCUUACAAACAUCCUGUUCCUGGAAUAGAAAUUCUAGACCAAAAUGGGAACGUGAUCAAGGUUUUUGAUAAGGACAACCGUGUUGAUGAACUGUUCCAGUUCCAGUUCCCUGAUUACCUAGCAGUUAGCCCUGACCUCAAAACCAUAUACAUCAGUGACCGUAAGAAGGAAACUUUAAAUGUUUUCAACCAAGAGGGCCGAACUCUUUGUGUGGUGAAAGGAAAUGCCCGUUACCACUCAGGUAAUGUUACUGUGGACUCUGCAGGUCGUAUGUACGUGUGUGGUCAGUAUGUUAACACUGUGAACCUGGUGUCUCCGAAAACCGGCACUGUCACCAAGCUGCUUGGAGCAAAAGAUGGUGUGAGGUUGCCACGUUGUGUGGCGAUAUGUGAAAGCAAACGCCGUAUGUAUGUUGGUAUGUGUAAAAGCAAGAUGAUUAAAAUAUUUGAAUCACCAAUGUAGACAACGUUCUAAAAACACUUUGUCCUGAAUUGUCACUAUCUAUAUAACCAUUUCUAAUCAUUAUUUUAUCACAUGUGUUGAAUACUAGAAGAUAACGUUUCGUGUAAGUUAUUAAUUAUUUCAUUUUGAUAAGAAUUUAAAAUCCCGCAAGAAAAUACUUUGUAUACAGAAGUAGUAUUUCAAAAAAAAAUUGUGAACAUAUCUUGUUGAUACAAUACUUUAGUACUAAAAGUUUUUUUAUAGUCCUGUGUACAACUUCUCGGUUGAUAACACUGACUAACUGGACAAACUAAUUUAUCACUUAUUGAGAAUCAAUACACGUGGUUUAACAGGACAGGAUAUUCAGAACAUGUUAGAUAUAUGUCAAAUUAAUAGUUAUGUUUCUUCACUUUUGAGGAAACGUUAUGAUAUAAUUGGUUCAACUAUUGCAGAUUUGUGCUUCAUUUAGUAAAAAAUGUAUAUUUUCAAAAAAAGGGAUUUUUUUUAUUUUAAAGGGGCUCGCUCAUGUUUGGACACCAAUUAAUUCGUUCGCUAAUGCAUCUGAAAACACUUGUAUAAUAAGUAUAAAGCAAUAUUCUGCCACGCCCGUACAAUGAAGGAAACAUUCUAAAACUGACACAUAGCCUCACGUCCACUAAAACUCAUUAACAACAUAAGGAUAAUUUAACCCUUUAGCCUUUUGUUGAAUCUAUUGACUUACGCUAUUCAAAAUCGUGGACAUAAAGGACAAUAUAUGAGCAUAUGUCAACAUUUGCAGAAGGGUACCAGCUGUCAAUAUCUUUAUUUUGACACUCCGUGUGACUUGCCACACAUUAUUUCGCCUUUUUACAAAAAAAGCAUGAGAGUGUCCUUUUAAACCAUUGCAUUUUGAUGGUAUAGGAAACAUGCAAAAGUGCGUUUUAAUGAAUUAUAAAGGUUUUUCAUGAAUGUAGAAAAUAACGAAAACAUACAAAUGCGUAGCUUUGGAAUGAAUAAAGGUAACUUAAAAACAAAACAAAACACGAAUAUGUUUGUUCUUAAAGCUGCGCUCUUACAGAUUGUCUGUUUUGACGACUCUUUUAUUUGUUGUCUUGGAAUGAGCUUAUUUUUGCGUGAAUGUGUGGAAACCAGUGAGAUAAGUCUGCUGACAAAAUAUCAUAUCGCAGUUUUUCAUAUUUUCAUAUCUUUGUUCGAAAAUUGAUUUUUUUAUGGCUAAAAAAAACAACGGUACUAAUGCUUUAAGAAAAAUGAAAGUUUUCUUUAUCUGUUCUAAUGUGACAUCUCCUACAUGACUGAAUUGAAGGUAUUGAAGCUGAUUCUGAGACAUUUAUUUUAAUCAAAACUGUCCAACUGUGAGAGUGCAGCUUUAAAUGCUUGAAAAUGAACAUUGGAAACUUUGGCAAAUUUAUAUAGAUAGUUUUCGAGGUUCUUUGAAAGCAAUAAUGUUAGAUCAAAUCGUAUAGUGAUGUAUCUGAUCGUUUAGCCAUAUGCAAAGAAUCUUUAACAUCUAUUUUUUUUUACUAAAUGUAAUAGUGUUUAGAGUUAACUGACGUUAUAUCAGGAAUGCCCUGUGUAUCAACAAUAUGUGUUUAGCAUUGCGUUAAGCAUUAUAAAUAGUUUUCUUGAAGUAAGGACAAAUGAUAAAUUGGCUUUUGUUGUAAUAAACAAAACUGUUUAUUUUGUUGUUGUUUUAUACAAUAUUGUUUUUGAGUAUAUAUUAAACUGUUCUUUUUUUAACAAUUAAGUUUUUCAUGAAUAAUCAUAUUUUUCUGUAUAUUUUAAAAACAUCCUCAUAAUACAAUGGCAUGUAUAUGAUUUCUACUUUGUUUUCGGACAUGAUUUGGUCCUCUGUAUUUUAAGCAAACAAUAGUCAAU